GGGGGUAUUGUGCAUUGUUCUGGGCAGGGCAUUUGAGUUGCCUUCCUCCUUUCCUGAGGGGUUGUACUGGCCCAGUGUACAUUAUGCCGGGAAAGGGAAAAGGGCCGUCUAAGGGCAAACAGCCAGCGAAGCGUCCACUAUCAAAGAGGCCAGCCCCGGUUUCUUCCUCAUCGGAGGAUGAGGGUGAUUUGCAGGGCCGGCAAGACAUCUUGGCUCGCUUGACUGCCUUAGAACAAGCCAGGGGAGCUGGUGGCUCAGCAACCGGCAGAGCAAAGAGGGCUCGCUCAACCCUUUUGGCUUCGUCAGCCACCUUCCAGCGCGAUGUUCUUAAUAGGCUUUCUGCUCUUGAAAGUACAGGUACGCCAGCAGCAGGGGAGCGAGCCUGCGAGGUGACGGUGACUGAAGCCACAGCCGUUGAACUGAGUGGCGUAGCUGAGCAAAGCGUGCAGGAGGAAUCUGGGCAGGUGGCAGUUGCAAUUCAACCUCCUGAGGGUGAUGGUGCGGCGGCUUGCUACACGAGGAAGAGGGUUUUGAUUUGCGGCCAUAGUAUGGUCUUUUGGGCUGCUCGUCAAGCAAAGAAGACCCAGUUCGGCUCGCAGUUGGGCCUCAGUUUGUGGGCUACGGUGGAAUGGCAGGGUCGCAGAGGUUUGAGGUGGCCUGGUCUCCUGCCGCUCCUUUUUGAGGGAAGGUGUGGCCCCCUGCCGGACAUUCUGGUAAUCCACCUCGGUGGCAAUGAUCUUGGCCUGGUGAAGGGUAAGGCCCUAUCUUUGCAGGCGGAGGCCGACCUGUGGUGGAUUAAAGAGCGUUGGCCCGACACGCUCAUUAUAUGGUCAGCAAUACUUCCCCGUCGUGUAUGGAGGGAAGCGUUGGACCCUGUCGGGAUUGAAAGGGCACGUCAUAGGGCUAACAGGGCCUUGGAGAAGGCCUUGGGCCGGGGUCUGGGGAUAUAUCUGCCACAUCCCGCUAUAAAGGCUGAGGUGGCUGACCUUUAUCGUAGCGAUGGGGUCCACCUGUCGGUGAGUGGCAAUGACAUUUUCCUGGAGGAUUUGCGGCAAGGGCUCAGGUUGGCCAUAAGCCACCUGUGGGGUGCUAGGGCCUAAGCAGAGGCUUGACCCUUAGCAGUGGCAGGUAGGAUAGCUUGAGCGGGCCGGUGACCCCUUGGCACAUUCCCAUUAGUUGGGAAAUGGGGGUCUGUCAGGAGCGGCUGGUGAGGCUGUACGGCUGCCAGCUGCGAGGGCAGACUGCCUGGUGGGGAACCCUGACAAGGCCGCCCCUAGGCUCCACGGCUAGUGGGGGCUGGUGCUUUGAAGGGGAACCACUCGCCUGGCCGCCGGGUCCCAGCCAUCCUCUGGAUGGAACACCCCCGGGGCAGCAGGGGUCACCCAGACAGGUCAAGGCGGUGGUCCGGUAGGACCCCAGGGCUUGACCUGUACCGCAGUUAGAUCCCUUGCCGCAAUGACAGGUUUAUGUUAUGUUGGUUAAUUAAUAAAGUGGCCCUGUUUAUAUCCCAAUACGGUCUCUGUCUUUUAUUCCGACUGGAGUGGCAAUGCGGCACUUACCCAUACGGCAGCAAGGCUGCUCGGAUGGGGGCCGGGUUUGCCGCUCCGGAAGGAGCAAAGACAGCCCGCGCUUAAACCCAUCCGGGCAUUGGCCUGGGGGCGGAGCAAACGGCUAGUUAGCCGGUUCCGCCCCACAGGCCUCCUCAGUCGCCGCGUGUCUGCUCGUCCCACCCACCUCUCCCUGUUACAGUGCGGGAUUAGCCGGUCGCCGUUUUACGGGGCCAGGUAGGAAUUUUUUCUUCUUCCCCAAUUGGCCUACAGGGAAGUUGUUUUUCGCCUACCUCGCACUGCGGGACAUAUUUAAACUGGUGGUUGAUGGAAUGUAUAUAGUUUGGCCACUGGCAGGUAGGAUAGCUUGAGCGGGCCGGUGACCCCUUGGCACAUUCCCAUUAGUUGGGAAAUGGGGGUCUGUCAGGAGCGGCUGGUGAGGCUGUACGGCUGCCAGCUGCGAGGGCAGACUGCCUGGUGGGGAACCCUGACAAGGCCGCCCCUAGGCUCCACGGCUAGUGGGGGCUGGUGCUUUGAAGGGGAACCACUCGCCUGGCCGCCGGGUCCCAGCCAUCCUCUGGAUGGAACACCCCCGGGGCAGCAGGGGUCACCCAGACAGGUCAAGGCGGUGGUCCGGUAGGACCCCAGGGCUUGACCUGUACCGCAGUUAGAUCCCUUGCCGCAAUGACAGGUUUAUGUUAUGUUGGUUAAUUAAUAAAGUGGCCCUGUUUAUAUCCCAAUACGGUCUCUGUCUUUUAUUCCGACUG